AUGGUCAACUCCAACGAGUAUACUGUCGGCUGGAUCUGCGCAAUCGCUACCGAAUUUGUCGCUGCCCAGGCAUUUCUCGACGAAAAACACGAAACCCCCGCAUAUUUGUCCCCGCAAGAUAAGAAUGACUACAUAUUAGGCCGAAUCGCAAACCAUAACGUGGUGAUCGCUGUAUUACCAGUCGGAGAAUAUGGCACAUCCUCAGCAGCGCGGGUGGCAGAAACCAUGCUGCACAGUUUUCCUAAUGUGCGAAUCGGCCUGAUGGUGGGCAUCGGUGGAGGUGCGCCAAGUGCGGACCAUGAUAUUCGGCUUGGGGACAUCGUGGUCAGUACCCCUUCGAAUGGCCACGGAGGUGUAUUUCAGUAUGACUAUGGCAAGACCAUCCAAGGUGGAACAUUUUGUCCGACAGGCUACCUCAACCAGCCGCCUGCGCUUCUACGCGCAGCUGUAAAUGGGCUCCAGGCGCGGUAUGAGAUCGAGGGUCAUCACCUAGAGGACGAUAUUGAUCAAGCCCUGGAAAGAAACCCAAGAUUGCGAGGGAAAUACGGUCGACCCGAUCUGACUAGCGAUAGGCUGUACCAAAGUCAUAUUGUUCAUCCUCCAAAUGGACAGACUAAUUGUACCAUACGUUGCGGGGAUGAUAGCUCUGCCCUCGUACUGCGGGACCCCCGUACGGACGAUCAAGAUAACCCGAUGAUUCAUUAUGGGCUGAUAGCCUCCGCGAAUCAGUUGAUGAAAGAUUCCCGCGUCAGAGAUAAUCUGAUUACGGAAAAGGACGUUCUAUGUUUCGAAAUGGAGGCAGCAGGGCUGAUGAAUCAUUUUCCCUGUCUAGUCAUUCGUGGUAUCUGUGACUAUUCUGACUCCCAUAAGAAUAAGGGAUGGCAAGGCUAUGCAGCAAUGGCCGCGGCUGCCUAUACAAAAGACCUAUUACACCGCAUCUCUGCUCAACAUGUGCAGGCAGAGCAGAAGAUCACGGAGAUACUUUCUACUGUCAAAGUUAUUCAUGAGACAACGCAAAAGAUCGAUCACGGGGUCAAAAUAUUACGCCAGCUCGGCGAUGACCGCGAGUACCAAAGUAUUAUUGAUUGGCUUACACCGGUCAACUAUACUCUCCAACAGAAUGAUUUCAUCACCCGGCGGCAAGAAGGAACCGGGGAGUGGUUUCUGAAUUCAACUGAAUUCAAGCAAUGGCUUAGCCAAAGUAAACAAACCCUAUUCUGUCCCGGUAUGCCCGGAGCAGGUAAAACCAUGAUCACCGCAACGACCAUCAAUCAUCUUUACCGCAAGUACCGGAAUCAACCUAUGACUGCUAUCCCAUACAUCUAUUGCAAUUUCCGACAGCAGCACGAGCAGCGGUACACCGACCUUCUUCUAAGCCUGUUGAAGCAGCUAGUGCAAGGACAGCCUUUUAUCCCAAAUGCUGUGAGAGUGCUUUAUGAUGAAUGCAAGCGAAGAGAAAGCCGACCAGCCCACGAAGGAAUUUUAAGUGCCCUGUAUAGCGUCGCUUCGUCUUAUUCGAGAAUCUUCAUCAUCAUCGACGCGCUGGACGAAUGUCAAGUUUCCAAUGAAGAUCGGGAAAGAUUUCUCCAGAUAGUCUUCGGUAUCCAGGAAAGGGCCAAGGCGAACAUUCUAGUAACUUCGCGUUUUGUGCAUGAGAUUGAAACAAGAUUUGAGGGAAGCAUCAGGCUGGAGAUUCGUGCUAAUAACACAGACGUGCGGCGAUACCUCGAACAGCGGCUGCAAAGCUUUCCAUCCUUUGUUUUACAUAACCCUGCUCUACAAAGAGAGAUCAAGACCAAGCUUGCUCGCGCGGUAGAUGGAAUGUGUGUACCGCCCAAUCUUAAUCAUUCCUUUGCAUCGGCUGACAUAGCUAGGUUUCUUCUUGCAAAGCUGUAUGUUGACUCACUGGUCUAUAAAACAACGCCUAAAGCCAUAAGAGGUGUGCUUGCAGAGCUUGAGGUUACAUCCUCGGAGAAAUCGGAGAAUGGCCAGAUGUCCAAGGUUCUGGACCAUGGAUACAAGCAAGCCAUGGAGCGAAUUCGAGGCCAAGCACCGGAGCACCAGGAGCUCGCUAAUCGAGUCUUAACUUGGAUUGCCUGUGCUAGAAGGAGCCUUACAUUAUCAGAGCUACAGCACGGACUUGCUGUUGAAUUCAACACGCCAGAGCUUGAUAAAGACAACAUGCCAGAUAUUGGACAGGCUGUCUCCGUAUGUGCGGGCUUGGUGGUAGUAGACGGGAAUAGUGACGCAAUACGGCUUGUCCACUAUACAACGCAGGAGUACUUUGAACGCACCUACAAAGAGUGGUUGCAUCAGGGGCAUAUUGAUAUUACAAAAGCUUGCCUCACCUAUCUGUCGUUCAGGGAUUUCGAUGAUGACUACUUGUUAACAUCACCUCGCCUAAUCAUGAGAGUAUGGUCAAAUUCUCUUUAUGACUAUGCCGCAGUGAACUGGGGAUACCAUGCUAGAGAGGCUUACAUGGAAGAGGACAAGAUUGUCCUAGACUUCAUCCAUGACACUGCCAAACUGUCCGUCUGUGGCCGAAUUAUGGCGUAUAACCAGUUAGGCAGUGGUUUUGGGGAUUUAGAUAUGGAAAGCAUGCACCUUACAGCGUGCCUAGGGCUAUCGAAGUCCAUGUCAAUUCUGCUAGAAGAAUUACAUGACGCUGAUUCAAGAGACUCCCUUUACAUGACUCCACUUCUGUGGGCCGCUAUGCAGGGCCACGAACCAGCCGUAAAGCUACUUCUUGAGAAUGACGCAAACGUCAACGCAGCAGAUGCAUGGGGCAUGACCCCUCUGUCCCGGGCUGCCAACAGGGGCCACGAGGCUGUGGUUAAGCUUCUUUUGGAAUGGAAUGCUGAUACUGAGGAAAAGACUCGUAAGGGUUACACACCCCUUAUGAUGGCUGCUGAGGGCGGCCACGAGGCGGUGGUACGAGCUUUACUAGGCCAAAACGCUAGUCUUGAAGCAGAGAACAACUCUGGUUCUACUGCGCUGCUAUUGGCUGUCCAAAAUGGACAUGAGGCGGUUGCCAGUCUCCUGUUAGAGAAAGGAGCCAAUACUGAAAUCAAGGGGUAUCUUGACAGAACUCCACUGCUGAUAGUCGCGGAAAAUCGCGACAGUGCAAUGGUAAGACUGUUGCUGGAUAAUAAUCCCAAUAUAGAGGCAAGAGAUUCGGAAGGCCUGACCGCGCUCUCAUUAGCCGCUUGGGGUGGCGAUGAGGCGAUGGUGAGACUUCUGCUGGAGAGGAAUGCGAAUAUAAAUUCGAAAUCGGAUAAAGGCAUUACAGCGUUCUAUCUGGCAGCUCACAGUGGUCAUAAAGCCAUAGCUGAUCUUCUUGCAGAUGCAGGAGCAUUAUAG